GUUUCAGUUGGUUCAUAUGACAUGGAAACGUACAUGUGUAUUACGUGAUCGAGCGUGUUAACAAACUAUGCCUUGAUUUAAACUUCUGUAGUAGGUUCAGUAGUUUUAAAACAAUUGUAGUUCUUUGUAUUUAACUGUUACAGACGCAGGCUUGCUAAAUAAAGGCUGAUGAUGGAGCCAUUGUCAGUAGUUACAGAUGUGAUGACGAUACUUCGUCAUUGGGACGAAGAGCAUCAGGCUCAAACUUAUGAUCCUGUUCCAGCACUUACCAGGUUGGCAGAAAUCAUUGAGGCUGAGACAGAGAAUUAUAUGAAGAUGGAUCCUGAUCCGUUCGAUGAACGCCACCCGUCCCGUGCUGAUCCUGAUUGUGCUCUGGGGCACAUACUGAAGGUGCUUUUUCGGAAGGAUAGUUUCAUGAAUAAGCUGGUGAAUGAUUAUUUGCGUGAUAAUUACUGGAGCCGAGCAGGAAAUAUAAACAAAGAUUCUCGAAAAUUAAACAUAGCGGCUUGUCGCCUCAUGUUGGACAUUAUGCCUGGUUUAGAGACAUCUGCAGUCUUCCUGGUUCCAGAGAUGGAAAGUAUGAUUCUGCGCCUCUUCAGCUGGGCAGAGAAGUCAAUCCAACCACUGCAAAGUUAUGCUACAGGACUCCUUGCAUCUGCAAUGGAGGUUCAAGACAUAGCUGCUAAUUUCAGGGAACAGAAUGCACGUCUGGUACCUCUCAUGCUGCAAGAGCUUCAUAAGUUGCAAGUAAGUUCAGCUGAGGAGCGACAGCAAGCGGCUCUGGCAGCCCGUCCGUUUGCUCACCUUGGCCACAACAACAGAGAGAUCGUCGACAUGGAGGCCAAGAAUGGCAUCACUGUUGCUAGCCGGACCAGGAAGAGAGUUUCAAGUCAUCACAAAGAAAAUGGUGGCUUUUGGGAGCGUUCUCCACCACUGCUUAGUCCACCGCCAUUAGAGAGUUUAGCAGACAGUACAGAAGCUCGCUUGAAUGCUUCCAGCCCGCCCAGAGGCAUAAAAAGGUUAUUCAAGGAAAAUGAUGAAGUCCUUGCAAAUGCUGAAAGCUGGAAAAAACAGGAAGUGGCAAGUGAUAGUUGCGUCAUGUCACCACCUCCUCCUGCUCCGCUAUCGUUAACUUUUACAAGACUUGGUCCAGCAAUGUGUGGGACUCAGAACUGCAACUCAACGCCCACCAUGGGUUCAGGAGGUGGCAGUGUAGCACUGAAUGAGUGCAGUAACUCUUCAUGGGCAGAAAUGGAGAGUUACGUUAUAGGGAACAUCCAGAUAUAUCCUCCAACACUAGCGACUAGGCAGAUGCUAAUUCUGAGGUAUCUCACACCAAUGGGGGAAUACCAAGAGUUCUUGAGCCAUGUGUUUGAACACAAUGCCCUUGAGUUGAUACUCAAAUACACAGAUCUGCGGGAAUCAAAAGAUUCACGGCUUGCCUUUGAAGCACUGAAGUACUUAGCUGCUCUGCUUUGCCACAAGAAAUUCUCCAUAGAAUUUAUCAAUAUGAAAGGAUUACAGACACUGUUGAAAGUUCCUAGGCCAAGUGUGGCUGCUACUGGUGUGUCCAUCUGCCUCUAUUACCUUGCUUACUGUGAAGACGCAAUGGAACGAGUUUGCCAGCUAUCACACCACAUAAUAGCUGAUUUAGUUAAGUAUACACUUUGGUUGCUGGAAUGUUCCCAUGAUUCUGGACGAUGCCAUGCAACAAUGUUUUUUGGACUAUCCUUCCAGUUUCGAGCAAUCUUGGCUGAAUUUGAUGCUCAAGAUGGUCUUAGGAAACUCUAUAAUGUCAUUAGCACUUUACCAAUCCUGUCAGUGGAGGAUGAUGCAACGUUGAAUGAUGAUGAAGAAUGUGCUGCUCGGCAGAUAGUGCGUCAUGUUUGCGUUGCACUCAAGCGCUACCUAGAAGCACAUCUCUGUAUCAAAGCUGAGAACUUGAGACGGACGCAGUUCCGAGAGACUGGUGGCCAGUUGGAACCAGGUCUUCCACCUGCUAAGGUCAAGUCAAGUCCUGAAGAGGUUCAAGAGCAGGUUCAACAGCUUCUGGAUCUGAUGCCUUUUCGAUCUCAUUGGGAGCCAGUGGAUCAGCUCAUAAGACUUGGUGGCGUUACCUUAUUAUUGCAGAUAAUAGCAUUUGCGUACGAGUGGAACUAUUCUGGUCGGGCAGAGACAGUACGCAGUGCACUGGAUGUGUUAGCUAUUUGCAGUGUGAUGCCACGUGUACAGUUGCUACUGUGUGAUCGUGUAGACCUUCCUGAUGAAGCCAUGACAGUAGGAAUGAACAUAAUCCUGGGAGCUGCAGAGGGCGAGAUAGUGGCCGAUGCCGACGUACAAAGAGCUGCACUCGCUGUUAUCAUAAACUGUGUAUGCGCGCCCAUCCAUAGGAUAGGAGGCACUGUUGGGCGCUUCUCAGUCAUUGGUUCAGCGAAGAAGAAGACUAACAAUUUCCGUAGCAGCGAGGAACUUAUUGGAAAGAUGUGGGAGAGUGUUAGAUCCAAUAAUGGCAUCAUGGUGCUACUGCAGUUAAUGAUGGUGAAGACACCAAUAACAGAUGCAGAUUCUAUUAGAGCCUUGUCAUGCCAUGCUCUAGCUGGUCUGGCUCGCAGUGAGACGGUACGACAGAUUAUUAGCAAACUGCCACUUUUUACAAAUGGUCAACUACAAAUGUUAAUGAGGGACCCAAUCCUACAGGAUAAACGUCAGGAACAUGUCAGCUUUCAGAAGAGUGCUCUGGAAUUGAUGGAACGUGUGUCUGGAAAGACAAAGCCCUCCGGUAAUGAGUUGGAAAUUUCAUUAGCAAACAUGCAUCGAGCGAAUGUUGUAGCACAAACUCGUAUCCAGUUCAAUGACAGACAACUACUGCAAUUGAUCCAACAGCAUUUGGUAUCACGUGGACUGUUGGAGACUGCCUCUGCACUGACCAGGGAAGGAGGUCUUCCUGGUGCGCCAAUUAAACAGGGACCUAGCUCAAAUUUUCCGCCAUUCAGUUACCGUUCCAAUUUGACGCCCCCGGCUAUUCCUCGGCCAAGGCUGUCUAGCUUCUCGCCUGGCGCUUCUGUUAGCCACCAUCACCACCAUAGAUCCAUAGCAACAGUUCAGAAUUCAUCAGUGAUUUCUGCAGCAUCUCAGUUACCAGCUGCUGCAGCAUCUGCUGCAAGAAGUAAUGUAAAUCCAACCACAAGCCAACCACAGCAGUCGGUUACUGGAGUACCGCCAAUCAGAUUCAAUCUUACCAAUCCACGGAAGGUGCAAGGACUUUCUUCUGGUGGCAACUGCAGCAGUCGCUCCCUGCAGAAGCAGAUAUCCUGUGAGCAGGGUUGCAUAAUCAGUUCAUCUCCCCUUUUGAAGAACACUUCCACUGUCACAACAGGGUGCAUUCCAGGGAUAGGCGAGUCUCAUGUCACUCUUGACUCCAUUAUCACCGAGUAUCUCACAAAUCAGCAUGCGCUGUGCAAGAAUCCCAUGGUACCCUGCCCACAGUUCAAUCUCUUUGAGCCUCACAAGUGUCCUGACCCCAAGGCAAAGAAUUCCGCCCCGACCAACUAUGCGAUGAGGAUUGCCCGUCGGUCAUUGGCUUUGGCAGGGAAUGAUGCAUCUCGUUUGGACAGGAAGUUGGUUUACUCACGCUUCUGUCCUGUGAGGACUUUUCGGCUGUCUGAAGAUGAUGGAUUCUUCACGUGUUGUGAAUUCCUUCCUUGUGACCAGUUCCUCAUGAUGGGCACAUAUCAAGGGGAGGUUAAGAUGUUCAACUUACAUACUGGUUCAGAGGAAGCCACAUACCAAUGCCAUGAUUCCUACGUAUACCAUUUGCAAGCCAGCAGAGACCGCUCACUGCUUCUCACAUCUUCCACUUGGCGAAGGCCACUUUCUGCAUUAUGGAGCAUCAACAAAUUUUUUGAAAUGAAGUUUGCGUUAGAAGAGGAGGAAUAUGUGGAGUUCAGUAAGCUUAAUCAAGAUCGCAUCAUUGGGACCAAAGGAGAGAUAGCUACGAUCUAUGACGUAGCCACGGGAAAGAAGAUAAUGGCUUUGACUCCUCAAAUUUCAAAUCAGUACACCAAGAACAGAGCUACAUACAGUCCUACGGAUGAAUUGGUACUUUCUGACGGAGUUCUCUGGGAUGUCGGCUCAGGCAAAGAAAUUCAUAAGUUGGACAAAUUAAACCAAACAUUAAGUGGAGUCUUCCACCCUAAUGGUCUGGAGGUUGUGUCAAAUACCGAAGUAUGGGACCUGCGUACAUUUCACUUGUUACGAACGGUGCCUGCUCUAGAUCAGUGUCAGGUAUUAUUCUCUCGUGCAAGAAAUGUGAUGUAUACAGUGUCACUGGAACAGGAGACUGAAGAAGACACUGCCUUUGAAUCGUCGUUCAAGACACUAGAUGCUUAUGACUAUUCUAGUAUAGCUACUAUUGAUGUGAAGAAAAAUAUCUAUGACCUAAGCUGCAACAAAUUUGACACACAAAUUGCUGUGGUCGAGAAUCAAGGAAUGUUUGAUAGCGUCCAGGAAUCAUCUGUUCGACUUUACGAUGUGGGAAGGAGAAGGGAUGACGAAGAUGAAGGGGAAGAAGAUGAAGAUGAUGAAGACAUGGAUGGCAGUGAAGAUGGCACUGCUUCUCCUACUGCAUCAGAAGAUGAACAGCAUGAAGACAAUGCUGCAGGUGGAAACGCCAAUGCCGGGGGUGAUAACGCCAAUGAGAAUGGAAAUAAUGGUGACGACAACAACAUUGCAGACAGCAAUAACGAAGAUGAUGGGGAUGAUAUUGUGAUGUCUGACUCAGAUGAUGACGACGACGACGAUAAUGAUGAGGAUGCAGCCAUUAUUUCACUCUCGGACAGUGCAGACACUGAUGAAUUGGAAGACAUGUUGUUUGCAUGAAACUGAUUACUUGCAGGAGUGUUCUCCAUUGUGUUACAGUGUAUCGGUGACUUUCUAAAUUUCCACACAAGUCAAUAUUCAUGUCUGUGAAAACUUAUUGCUGAUAACUUUUGGAUCAUGUUACAGAAUUGUUUCAAAUAUAAUUGUAAAAAUUUGUCUGCGA